GACGACAGAGCUCCAACCAAGGGGAGCAUGGAGUCCAAAGCGAGCAGCAUGACCUCCAAAGCGGAACAGCUGCAGAAGGAGGAGUUGGUAUUGCACAUGUUCAGAAUGAAGGCGCUGGAGAAGCACCUUGCAACAAGGAGGACAAGGUGCACCUGUCGCUGCGGGAGCUGCUGCUUGAUGCUGGUGCCCAGCCCAAGCUUCACUCGGCGCGGUAA